AUGACUCUCUCUCGGCGACGUCACGAGCUAUCAUUUUUGACGUUGGAGUCCUCCUCCUCCACCGACACGCUUCCGCCGUUCGCCUCUAACGACACCUUGCAAAACUCACCGUUUCUCCACUCAAAAACUCCUCACCUAGGGAAGGCACGUAGCAAGCGCUCACGCGCAGCAUCGGGGGACUGGUCCACGCGCCUAGAGCUGGUGAAGUCGCCGCAGGCGAAUAAGAGAGAGGGAAUGAAUGUGGAGUGUUUCGGAUGCAAAUGCCUUCACUGUGGCACAGAGAAGACGCCGCAGUGGCGAACGGGAUCAAUGGGACCGAAAACUCUAUGCAACAUGUUCGACAUGAGGUUCAAGUCCAGGAGGCUGGUGCCAGAAUACUGCCCGACAGCGAGUCCAACGUUCAUGUCAACGAAGCAUUUGAAUUCGCAUCGAAAGGUUUUGGAGCUCAGGUGGCAGAAGGAGAUGCAGCGAUAA